AUGCUCAACGUCAUGAAAUAUUUAUUUUUGGAUUCAGUCGGGGUGCCUGUAAGUCCUCAUACCUGCCGCCGCCCAUUUUUCAGGAACGAUCCCAGGCCUAAUCAACAUUUAGUUAUCUCGAGGGCAUUGGCAUCCUUCAUCCAAUAUGUUGGCCUGAUAAAAGCAGAAUUUUUCGAUAAGGAUGAGAACAACGAUACUGUCUUCCAGGCCAAGUUCAAGGAACUCCUGCAGCAAUACGCUUCAAUUACCAAGUGGUCGUACAUUGGUACCAAGAAGCCCGUUAAAAAUCGAAAGUGUAAGCUGCUCCCAUUCUGCGUUCAAUCACCCCGCGUUCGACUGCUAGGCGCUUUUGACACUGUCAAGACUGUGAUACCGCUCCCUGUCACCAACUAUCUAAGCCAUGGUGUAUCAAAUAUUGAUUUUGAAAUGGACGCCCCUGGCAUCGUGGACCACUUCCGGCACGCCCUUGCACUUAACGAAGCGCGUCCGUUGUUUAACCCUGACCUCUGGAAAUCUGACGCCGAUUCAGCAGAUAGUAGCUAUCUGGAAGCGUGGUUCUUUGGUUACCAUCAUGACAUUGGUGGUGGUCGCAAGGUGCAGGGUCUGGCAUUGUGGCCUCUGCAAUGGAUUCUUCAAGCCGCCAAAGACUACGGACUCGCCCUCGAUCCUGAGGUGGAACCCUACGAUAUCUUGUUUACCGGCGAGGAUAAUGUCAUUCAAACUCCGCAUGAUAUUGCAAUGAAGAUGUUCGACAUGAUCAAGCACCACACGGCGACUCGAGCGUGGGGCCUGGCGCUCAACAUGCCUGGUUCAUACAUGUCGUCAGAGCCCAGGAACUACCUUGAAUAUCUCACGACGCCACCAUAUCUCAAAAUAUUAAAACCGAAGGUGUUUCUGCAUCCCUCUGCAUACUUGGUCUUUGAUGGUACGAUACCAUGGUGGGAGAAGCAGACAGUGAAUGGUAUUUUGGGGGCGGGUUCGAGUGCAGUACAGCGCCUGAAUCUACUGGUGAUCGGAAAACCAGGCAUGGGAAAGUCGGAAUUGAUUGGAAGGGUCUUUGGUAAUGUUCAAAAGACAAAACAUGAUAUCAACACACCCAUCGGAAUCCCUGAUAAUGACCAAGUACGGAUAUAUCUCUCUAAUGGGUUUGGUGAAGGCGGCAGUGAUGACCGUGCUCGCAUCGAGGCAUUUCUUGAACAGCACCGCAAUACCGCCGAUGUUCGGGAGCAGAUCCACGCCAUGUGGUACUUCCUCGACUGCUCUCAAAAGAAAGUUCCCUCAUCAGAAAAGGAGUUUUUUGAAAUGAACUUUGGUCAAAUUCCUAUUUUGGUGGUUCUCAGGAACGAGGACAAGCUACUGAACCAGAUCAAGCAAAUCCUUGAUCGGGAUUUCAGCUCCGAGAUCGAUAUCCUAGCUGAGCUUAAUGACGCGAUCGAGAAUAUAAAAAUACAAUGUCAACGUCUACCGGCCCGCACUUAUGUUAGUGCUCAGGGUACUCUGGACACGCCAAAGAACCUCCUCAUAGAGACUUCAAUGAACCUGGAGAACGAAGCUGUCCAUGUAGCACAGAUCAAAGCACAGCGUAUCGAGCUUAAGCCCAAGAUUUCGUUGGCGACCCAGGAAAGCAUGCGAGCAUACACCAUUUGGCACAGCUUCAAGUUUGGUGGGAAGAGGUUCAACUUCAAUCGCGAUGAGAAACCCGAGGGAAGGAAGAUGUCAAUGAUGCUUAUGGUGCCUGUCCUUGAAAGCUUUAAUGUUCGGUUCGCCGGAGACGCCGCACUAAUCAAGUCUCUCAUCGGGAGACCCUGGGAUGCCAUCGACCAGUACAUGAAUGGGCUAUGGGAUGAUACCCUUCCAGCGGACCUUAUCCUGGCAUGCAUGCUAGAUACCGUACUCAUCAUGGCAUAUGCCCUGUUACAUCAAGAAAUUGAUGGGAGGCUCAAGAGUCGCAGAGACAACGCACAGCCCUUAUCCGCAUCAGAUAUUAAAAACGGUUGUGAGUGGUACACAACACCAAAGGAGAACAGGCAGGCAGUGACUCAUGCAAAGAUCAAAGAGUUGCUGGCCGAGGAUGGAUCUCCGAAAGACUCCUCCAUUGCCAAUUUUCAGAUGAAGAUCAUCGAAACUGUGGAGCUCCAGUCAGAUGCCGCCAAGGAGGACCCAUUAACUUCAGCGGUCACGAAAGGUACGACAGCGGUCAUGAAAGGUACGACAGCGGUCGUGAAAGGUACGACAGCGGCCAUUGGAGGUGCCACAGCCGCCAUCGCAGAUGCGACAAUCGCCAUUGGUGGUGCGACAUUCGCCAUUGGGGGCGCGACAGGGGCUAUGAUGGGAUAUGCGACAGGGGCGAUUAUGGGAGGUGCGACAGGGAUCUUUGGAGGUGCGGUCAAGAAUAUGAAGGGUAUAAGGAAGGGUCUUUUUAGAUGA